UAUCAUAAUAUCAACAACGAUUUAAAAUACUGUACAGCGAUCCAAUGUAAACCUUUGGAAGCACGAUGACGUCUUCACCCAUAGUCCUUUGCGAAUAUCUGAGCAUCCUAGAAAAAUAGUGGAAUCGGGGCAUCCGAGGGUACAGAAACUGUGGUUUUAUUGGGAGCACGCAGAUUGGUUACCCUCAUGGGACGAUGCGGAGUCGCAGCAAUUCUGGAGUGCGCCUGGAUUCGUACGCACGGCUGGUGCACCAUACUAUAUUGUGUCAUCAGAACCCGGUGACGGGACUGCUCCCGGCGAGCGAGCACAAGAAGGACGCCUGGGUGCGGGACAAUGUCUACAGCAUCCUGGCCGUGUGGGGCCUGGGCAUGGCCUACCGCAAGAACGCCGACCGCGACGAGGACAAGGCCAAGGCCUACGAGCUGGAGCAGAGCGUGGUGAAGCUGAUGCAGGGUCUGCUGCAGAGCAUGAUGAGACAGGUUGCCAAGGUGGAGAAGUUUAAGCACACCCAGAGCACCAAGGACUGCCUGCACGCCAAGUACCACACCCCAACCGGGGCCACCGUGGUGGGGGAUGACCAGUGGGGGCACCUCCAGGUGGACGCCACCUCGCUCUACCUGCUUUUCCUGGCAGAGAUGACCGCCUCGGGUCUGCGGAUCAUCUCUAAUCUGGACGAGGUGGCGUUCAUCCAGAACCUGGUGUUCUACAUCGAGGCCGCGUACAAAGUGGCUGAUUACGGAAUGUGGGAAAGAGGUGACAAAACGAACCAGGGGAUUCCGGAACUCAACGGAAGCUCUGUGGGAAUGGCCAAGGCUGCGCUGGAGUCUAUCGACGAGCUGAACCUGUUCGGGUGUCACGGGGGCCCAAAGUCGGUCAUCCACGUCCUGCCCGACGAGGUGGAGCACUGCCAGUCGAUCCUGUGCUCCAUGCUGCCCAGAGCGUCCAACUCGAAGGAGAUUGACGCCGGGCUGCUGUCAGUCAUCUCUUUCCCCGCCUUCGCCGUGGAGGACGCCGACCUGGUCAACAUCACCAAGAGCGAGAUCAUCGCCAAGCUACAGGGCCGGUAUGGCUGCUGUCGGUUCAUUAGGGAUGGAUACAAAACUCCAAAAGAGGACCCCAGCCGUCUGCACUACGACCCUGCUGAGCUCAAGCUGUUUGAGAACAUCGAGUGCGAGUGGCCCGUGUUCUGGACCUACCUCAUCUUAGACGGCAUUUUCAGCGGAGACCGGGUUCAGGUGGAGGAGUACAGAGAGGCCCUGGAUGGGAUCCUGAUCCGGGUGAGGAAUGGCAUUCGCCUGGUUCCAGAGCUCUACGCUGUUCCAGCAGAAAAGGUGGAAGAGGAGUACCAGAACCCCCACACCGUGGACAGAGUGGCCCUGGGCCAGCUGCCUCAUAUGUGGGGUCAGUCUCUCUACAUCCUGGGCAGUCUCCUGGCGGAGGGGUUCCUGGCCCCUGGAGAGAUUGACCCCCUCAACAGAAGAAUGUCUACGUGCUCUAGACCUGAUGUAGUUGUGCAAGUGUGUGUCGUGGCAGAGUCGGAGCAGAUCCAGGAGCUGUUGAGAGAGAGCGGGGUGGAGGUGCAGACCGUGGCGGAGGUUCUGCCCAUCCGGGUCAUGCCGGCCCGGAUCCUCAGUCACGUCUACGUCAAACUGGGGUACAGCAGGAAGCUGAAUUUAAGCGGCCGGCCCUACAGACACAUCGGAGUCCUGGGGACGUCAAAGUUUUACCAGAUCAGAAAUCACACCUACACCUUCACUCCGCAGUUUCUUGACCAGCACCACUUCUACCUGGCUCUGGACAACCAGAUGAUCGUGGAGAUGCUGAGGACGGAGCUGGCCUACCUCAGCUCCUGCUGGAGGAUGACCGGGCGCCCGGUCAUCACCUUCCCCAUCACCCACAGCAUGCUGGUGGAAGACGAGGACAGCAUCGAGCCAUGCAUUCUAACCACCCUGAGGAAGCUGCAGGAUGGAUAUUUUGGGGGAGCCAGGGUCCAGCUGGCUCCUCUCUCCAGUUUCCUCAGCACCUCCUUCCACACACAGCUCAGCUUCCUGGACUCAGACUCCGAGGAGUCUCUGUUCGAGGAGGAGGAUGAGUGUGAGUCUGAUCCAGAGGAUUAUGAAGAAGGGUGUUACUCCCUCUCAGGUGGCUCUAAGGAUCCCUUCGACCAGUACCUCACCCAUCUCGUCCAGAGCACAGCCAGCCGAAGCAAUCUCCCUCCCAUCCAGUGGGGGCAGCACCACAUAUUCAGUGCGGAACACACCACCCGCGACAUCCUGUCCCUCAUGGCACAGGUGCAAGGAGUCAGCAUGCCCAAGCCGUCCAUGUAUUUACCUGUGACUCCCGUCGUAAACAAACACCGCAAGUCCCUUAAUCUGCUGGAGGUUCCCCAGCCCCACCGCCAUGGCGCACAUGGGACCCAACACAACAAGUCCUCCACUGCUGACCUGCAGUUGCCGCGGGAUGCUCAGGGGAACACAGACUUCCAGCUGCUGGUGAAACAGCUGAAGGAGUGCCCCUCCCUGCAGGACCAGGCCGACAUCCUGUACGUCCUCUACAUCAUGAAGGGGGCUGACUGGCAGGUGGACGUGUGCGGCCAGGGCGGGGUGACCGUGCGCUCCCUGCUGGAGGAACUCUACAUCCGGGCCGGGAAGAACCGGGAGUGGGGUCUGAUCCGCUACAUCUCCGGGGUGCUGCACAAGAGGGUGGAGGUGCUGGCUGAGGCCUGCACGGACCUCAUCUCCCACCACAAGCAGCUGACGGUGGGACUGCCACCAGAGCCCAGGGAAAAGGUCAUCACCACCCCUUUACCUCCAGAGGAUCUCAGCAGCCUGAUCUACGAGGCCAGCGGACAAGACAUCAGCAUUGCUGUUCUCACACAGGAGAUCAUGCUGUACCUGGCCAUGUACGUGCGUUCGCAGCCCGCGCUGUUCGGCGACAUGCUCCGCCUGAGAAUCGGCCUCAUCAUGCAGGUGAUGGCCACCGAGCUGGCCCGCAGCCUGCACUGCUCCGGAGAAGAGGCCUCGGAGAGCUUGAUGAGCCUCAGCCCGUCCUGCAUGAAGAGCCUGCUGCACCACAUCCUGAGCGGGAAGGAGUUCGGAGUGGAGCGCAGCGUUCGGCCCAGUGAGUCCAGCACCAUCAGCCCCGGGAUCUCUAUCCAGGAGCUGGGUCACACCGGUGCCACCAAGACCGAGCGCUCCGGGAUCCGCCAACUCAAGAGCGAAAUGAAGCAGUUUGAUGAGUCCAGGCCUAUCAGUAUUUGUGUCAGUGGGCUUUCCUCCAGUAGCACCGGCCCCUCUCCCCGCUCCACGAGGUGUAGCAGCCCCUCCACCCCCAGUGGCACGCUGUCCCCCACGGGGCCCGGGGCCCCCGCCCUGCUCUGGGAGGAGCGGCAGGGCCAGUGGCUGCGUCGCAGGAGGCUGGACGGGGCCAUCAACCGCGUGCCCAUGGGCUUCUACCAGAAGGUGUGGAAGAUCCUGCAGAAGUGCCACGGCCUGUCCAUCGCCGGCUACGUGCUCCCGGCCUCCACCACCCGAGAGAUGACGGAGGGCGAGUUUAAGUUCGCCGUGCAGGUGGAGUCCAUUCUGAACCACGUGCCCCAGCCGGAGUACCGUCAGCUGCUGGUGGAGGCCAUCAUGGUGCUGACGCUGGUGGCGGACGUCGAGGUCAGCAGCAUCGGCGGGGUCCUGCACGUGGACCGCAUCGUUCACACGGCCAACGACCUCUUCCGACAGGACCAGAAAGCCCAGGGGGCCCACGAGUUCUUCCUGGAACAGGACGCGGCCACGGGAAUCUGCAACUUCUUCUACGACAGCGCCCCCAGCGGAAGCUACGGCACCAUGACGUACCUCUCCAAAGCUGUGCUCAUUUACGUGCAGGACUUCCUGCCCAACACAGGCUGUCUGACACAGUGAAACGCGCUGUGUCACUGUUCCAGGCCCUGCCCUGGGCUGUCUGACAGCCUGUACCAGUGCUCUGACCUCCACUCAAAGCUGUGCUGCUCGGUCCAUCCCCCUGAUAAUCCACACCGUAUUUAACUGGGUGAUCAGUCCACGUAGGAGGCUGAUAAUUACAUUAUUAUGUCUCCAGGUUUUGGAGAUUAAGAUUGCAGUUGUUAUGCUCACCAUCAAGACUCUUCACUGUGGAGACCACAGCUAUAUCAAAGCUCUUGGAAAAAAAAAGUACAAAUGAGAGCUAUUCGAUUGUGUCCCGUUAUGAAAUGUGAAAGUUUCUAUGGAGGACUUUGACUUCUUACUCAGCAGAAAGGGAAUUAGGAAUUUGAUUUUAGGUUUUUAAAGGUUUUAAAGGGAUGAAUGACGUGUGUUGCAUACUGUAAGGUAUUUCAGGUUGGGUUCUGUUGGCAGGGCAGGGGGCACAGGUGGAAAAAGCAGGUGUAUUUUGCCCUGAUCUUAGGAUUUAUUUUUUCAUGGAAUAGUUUGCCAGGUUAUCUAGUAUAAGCAUGAAGCCUUGGGAUUAAUACAGUUCUGGAUUCUCAUGACACUUUUCAAAAUGGGCUGACUAGCCUGUUCUCAUUCCUGUUUUCCAUACGGACCAUAACUGCUUCAUACAAAUAACAGCUGUAUAGUAUAAACUGUGCAUUUCUAUUAGCAGUUAGAGGCUGGGAUUCCCUAGUCAAGACCAUGAAGAAUGUAAUCACAUCAAAUACUGACCAAUUACUCUUUAUCACAAGCGAAAUGAAAAGUUGUGAGGCUGUAUUUUGUUAGAUGUGAAUGCAUGGACUGUAUUUUCAUAGGGGUGCUCCCUACUUAAGUUAUGUUUGUGUCAAUCGUGUGAAUACAUCCACACGCAAGAUAUUUCAAAUAUUGUAAAUGACAUAUGGAAUUGAUUAUUGCAUUUUAUUGGUGUUUUAUGUGUAUUUAUAGAGAAUGCAUUCUCUGCAGUGUGAAUUUUAUUUUGUAGAGUAAUCAUAGUUUAAUAUAAUUGCACGUAAGUGUUGUUAAUAUUACAUUUCAAAAAGGGCAAAUUGUAUAGUUUUUGUCGACAGUAAUAUUGUAUGCUGGUCAGCUCAUCAGCUGUCCGUAUAGUCCAUGGCCCAUGUACUAUGGCUUGUAAUAUUUCACAUUUGUGUGGGUGUCCAUUUAUUAAGACAAAUUUAAUAUUAUGAAUAAGUUAUUGAUGCCA